AUGAACCCGUCAAAGAUAGAAACAUCUGAGUUGCUAUGCAAAAUCAAAGUUGAGAGCCAAGUCAGAUUACCUAGCAUUAGCAUGGUUUUUGUUGCUGCUUUAUUCUUGAGCUCAAUUGUCAUAUUUUUGAUAUCUUCAGCAGGAAAUGCACUGAGCUUGAAUUACUAUGAGAAAACUUGCCCCGAUGUCGAUUCCAUUGUUACAAAUGCUGUCAAUAAAGCAAUGAUGAAAGACAGAAAAGUCCCUGCAGCGCUACUCCGGAUGCAUUUCCACGACUGUUUCAUAAGGGGUUGUGAUGCUUCAGUGCUGCUAAAUUCGAAAGGGAACAACAAAGCAGAGAAAGAUGGGCCACCCAAUGCUUCUUUGCAUGCAUUUUAUGUCAUUGACAAUGCAAAGAAAGAAGUGGAAGAUUCAUGCCCGGGAGUGGUGUCAUGUGCUGAUAUCUUGGCUUUAGCUGCAAGGGAUGCAGUUGCAUUUUCAGGAGGUCCAACAUGGGAUGUCCCAAAAGGAAGAAAAGAUGGGAGAACAUCAAAGGCUAGUGAAACUACACAAUUGCCUUCUCCUACCUUCAACAUAUAUCAGCUGCAGCAGAGCUUCUCUCAAAGAGGUCUGUCCAUGGAUGACGUAGUGGCUCUUUUAGGUGGCCAUACUCUAGGGUUUUCUCACUGCUCAUCCUUCCAAAGCAGAAUCCGCAAUUUCAAUGCCACUCAUGACAUAGACCCCUCUAUGCAUCCAUCCUUUGCAGCCAGCUUAAGGAGUGUUUGUCCAAAAACAAACAUGGCAAAGAAUGCAGGAACAACCAUGGAUCAUUCGCCAACAACUUUUGAUAAUACAUAUUUCAAGUUGAUCCUCCAAAAGAAGGUUUUAUUCUCCUCAGACCAAGCUCUACUCAGCGCUCCAAAGACAAGAGAUUUGGUUACCAAGUUUGCCAGCUCCAAAGCCACUUUCACUAAGGCUUUUGCAUCAUCCAUGAUCAAGUUGAGUAGCAUCACAGGUGGUCAGGAGGUUAGGAAGGAUUGUAGGGUGGUAAACUAA